AGUCGGCAAUGCAUGUCGGCAAUACAUCACUGCCGCUUUCGAGCAGUUGCCGCAUGUGUGGCUGAUGGAGCUGGCCAUUAAGCCUCGCAAUUUGCAUCCCGAUGCAAGGAUGUAUAUUAGAAGCGGCGAGACUAUUUUUUUCAAACGGGCAGAUUGGAGGCCACUAACGUCCGUUGGAUGGGAGGAACCGCUAAAAGAACGGUGAUUGUAUUCCGAGAUCCAAUAGGACGGGCUACCAGUCGCCCGGCUACAGAUCUCGACUCCGAUCGUCUGAUAAGAGAUGGGACCGCGUCCGAUCUCGAAGUCCUUCCCGCCCAUGGUGCCGGCAUCAUCGCGCCGAUGCUUGGCUAGGCAACUAUGAGGCUCCCCAUGAGGGAAAUCCUACACAUUCCUUCCGAACGCGCUCCUAGGGAUCCAUAGCAAGGGCCGUGUUGCGGUACUUCGCUUCCGAGAUGUCGGGUCGAUUUUACAGUGCAUCCCGAUAAAGGAUAAAAAAAAAUCUUAACCCUAAGCACAGUAUCGCUUGCUAGCCAAAUAAACAAGAAUUCAACGAGAAGCUCAUCUACAGUGAUUGCACAACUAAGGCGUAGUAGGCGUGAUGGAAAUAUUCUUCAGCUCAUCUGAGACUCUUGCAACAGCCAAAUAAAGGGCUAAGGUAGUCGAUUGUUUGCUGCCAAGUCGUUACUCACGCAGGGCUUAGUUUCGGCUUCCAAUAGGAUCUACUCAUCUCACGGACUAUGACCCUUCGGAGCGUAACCUUUUUAAUGUCUUCCCCG